CGCAAGUUGAGAUCAACCUCCUUUGAAUCAUUCUUUCACAAGGGUUGACGAGUUUUGACUUUUAAUCUUGCAGAUUGUGUUGUCCGUCGUAUAUGUUGCUAAUGGUGAUUUAAUUGUUGCUAAUUGCUCCCCAAACAACAUCCGAGAGAUAGACUUGUCAGCCAAUCAUGGGUCUUCAAAUUGCUGGUAGGGCUGUGGCCAUGCUAGGUGCAGGUACGCAAGGACGACGACUGGCGUAUAUGUGGUCGAGCAAGGGCCGCGACGUCAAUGUCAUCGACGCUCAAGAACGGCAAUUAACUGAUGCCGUCAAGUACAUCGAUGAGCUCCGCGCUGGAUCGGGACGCUCAGGUGUCAAGUGGGGAAACAUCAAGACAUUCAAGGCUGAGAAUCUCAAGUCUGCCCUUCAGAAUGUCUGGCUGGUUGUCGAGUGUGUGCCGGAACGAGUGGAGCUGAAGCGAAAAGUCAUCACCCAGCUGAAUGAACUGGCACCAGAGGAUGCCAUCAUCGCGUCAAAUUCAAGCAGUCACUCCAUAUCUGAGAUUCUCGAGGGCCUGAACCUCCCCAACGAUCGACGGAUUCUCAGUGCUCAUAGCUACUGGCCUCCAGAGACAGAUGCCAUUGAAAUCAUGGGCCACUCAAAAACCGACCCUGAACUCGUGGACUUCAUGCUUAGAGAAUCAGGAGAACACGGAUUCAGUCCGUUCCACGUGAAGCAGGAUUCUAUGGGGUACAUUUACAACAGAAUCUGGGCUGCCAUCAAAAGAGAAGCAUUGUUCACCGCGGCCGAAGGAGUGGCAACGCCGGCAGAGAUUGACGACAUCUUCAAGAACAUCUUGAAAACACCAAAGGGACCUUUUGAACAGAUGGAUGUGGUAGGACUUGAUGUCGUCCUUGACAUUGAGAAUCACUACGCAGAGAAGCGAAAGGAUAUCCCGGCCACCCCACGGGAAUAUCUCAAAGACUAUAUCAAGAACGGGGACCUGGGAGUCAAGUCAGGGCGUGGAUUUUAUGAUUAUGGUCAGAACGGGACUAAAUAAAAGAAGGGCGGUAUCUACAUUGUUUCCAUCAGAAAGGAGGUUACGCAUGGAUGAAAUCCAGUAGGUGAAUACAUGUUCAGCCUCGUCAUGUCAG